AUGGCUGGAGGCAGGAGUGCGAAUACCUUGGUCGAAGAGAAGGAAGCCCUGGUCUCUCAGCUGACAAGAGGUAAACAGGCUUUCACACAGCAGAUUGAGGAGACCAAGAGGCAAAUUGAAAAGGAGGUCAAGGCCAAGAAUGCCCUUGCUCAUGGACUCCAGUCAGCUCGUCACGAUUGCGAUCUGCUCAGGGAACAGUUUGAAGAGGAGCAGGAGGCCAAGGCUGAACUUCAGCGUGGUAUGUCUAAGGCCAACAGCGAGGUUGCUCAGUGGAGAGCCAAGUAUGAAACUGAUGCUAUCCAGCGCACUGAGGAGCUUGAGGAAUCCAAAAAAAAGCUUGCUCAACGGCUCCAAGAGGCCGAGGAGCAGAUUGAGGCUGUCAACUCCAAGUCUGCUUCUCUGGAGAAGACCAAACAGAGGUUGCAGAGUGAGGUUGAGGAUCUCAUGAUGGAUGUGGAGAGAGCUAAUGGUCUCGCUGCCAACCUUGACAAGAAGCAGAGGAACUUCGACAAGGUCCUGGCUGAAUGGAAGCAGAAGUUUGAAGAGGGUCAGGCAGAGCUUGAGGGAGCUCAAAAGGAGGCCCGCUCAAUGGGAACUGAGCUUUUCAAGAUGAAGAACUCCUAUGAAGAAUCUCUUGACCAGCUGGAGACCAUGAAGCGUGAAAACAAGAACUUGCAGCAGGAGAUCUCUGACUUGACUGAGCAGAUUGGUGAGACUGGCAAGAGCAUCCAUGAAUUGGAGAAGUCCAAGAAACAGGUUGAAACAGAAAAGUCUGAAAUCCAGACUGCCCUUGAGGAGGCUGAGGGAACUCUUGAACAUGAAGAGUCUAAGAUCCUUCGUGUUCAGCUGGAGCUUAAUCAAGUGAAGGGUGAGGUUGACAGGAAGCUGGCAGAAAAAGAUGAGGAAAUGGAACAGAUCAAGAGGAACAGCCAGAGGGUUAUUGACUCCAUGCAAGGCACUCUGGACUCUGAGGUCAGAAGCAGAAAUGAUGCCCUCAGAAUCAAGAAGAAGAUGGAGGGAGACUUGAAUGAGAUGGAGAUUCAGCUUAGCCAUGCCAAUCGUCAGGCUGCAGAGUCCCAGAAACAGCUGAGAAAUGUGCAGACACAGCUCAAGGAUGCCCAACUGCACCUUGAUGAUGCAGUGAGAGCUCAGGAGGACUUCAAAGAACAAGCUGCUAUGGUGGAGCGCAGAAAUGGCCUGAUGUUGGCUGAAAUUGAGGAACUCAGGGCUGCUCUGGAACAGACAGAAAGAGGACGCAAAGUUGCUGAACAGGAGCUUGUCGAUGCCAGCGAACGUGUUGGACUUCUGCAUUCUCAGAACACAAGUCUGCUGAACAGCAAGAAAAAGCUUGAAACUGAUCUGGUUCAGGUCCAGAGUGAAGUUGAUGACACUAUUCAGGAAGCAAGAAACGCUGAGGAGAAGGCCAAGAAGGCCAUCACUGAUGCUGCCAUGAUGGCCGAGGAGCUGAAGAAGGAGCAGGACACCAGUUCUCAUCUUGAGAGGAUGAAGAAGAAUCUUGAAGUUAAUGUUAAGGACCUGCAGCACCGUCUGGAUGAGGCUGAGAAUCUGGCCAUGAAGGGCGGCAAGAAGCAGCUCCAGAAACUGGAAUCAAGGGUGCGUGAGCUGGAGACAGAGGUGGAAAAUGAACAGAGACGUGGAGUAGAUGCUAUUAAGGGUGUCCGCAAAUACGAGAGAAGAGUCAAGGAGCUCACCUACCAGACUGAAGAGGACAAGAAGAAUGUCGCCAGGCUCCAGGAUCUGGUUGAUAAGCUGCAGCUGAAGGUGAAGUCUUACAAGAGGCAGGCAGAAGAAGCGGAGGAGCAGGCCAACCAGCAUCUGUCCAAGAACAGAAAGAUUCAGCAUGAGCUGGAGGAGGCUGAGGAGCGUGCAGACAUCGCUGAGUCCCAGGUUAACAAGCUGAGAGUCAAGAGCCGUGACUCUGGCAAGGCCAAAGAGGUUGCUGAGUAA